AUGCACACCCCAAAUUUCCGAAUGCACCAAAACUGAAGGAUGGAUUUUCCAAGAUUGUUUUUACAUGUAAUGUGCGGUUCGAACAAACAACUCAAUAAAGCACACUUUAGAAUAAACUGGUUGUGCACAAUUUUGUAUUGUUUCUAAUGAACAUAGAUUGUCAUGGUAUCAGUUUUAGUGAUUAAGUCAAGAUUCACACAUAUCAGUUUUAAAGAGACUUUCCGGGUAUCUUUUGAUAUAUACUGCAUGGUUCAUGGCUCACUUUAAAUGUGUCCAUUUCAGAAGACUCAUAUGUGAUCUGUCAUCACAAGCUUUAAAAAAUAGUACCUUGUACUGGUACCAACAUACUGUACUGGCUUAGUUUUAGACUUCACUGGACCAGUUUUACAAGAUUACCAAAAUACAACACUGAUGUGUUGGCAUACUGUUUAAAAGACCUUUAGCACUGACCUAUAGUGUUAAGAUUAUAAUCUUCUAUUGUUGUCCGAUCAGAAGAAUUAUUCAGGCAAGCCAACACUAAUAUUUAGGUGAGCUGGGUUUCAUAAUGUGCAUUUAAAUUUGAAGAGAGUUUAAUUCACACGUAGUGAAAUAUUCAGAUAUCUUAAGGAAUCGUUUGAACCUCAUUAAAGAUAAAACUUCAACAAAAUUGUUCCCUGUUUCAGGCAGACAUUUUAUCAAGUUUAAUGGGCUUCUUAUGAAGUGUUUGGAGAGACUUUGUAAUCUGUGUUGAUCUAAGUGGUGGAGGCGUAUGUGUCCUUCACUGAUGUAAAUAAACACCAGGGCCACUGCCCAGAUGAUAGUUUUAACAUCCUAACAUCCAGACACCAUAUAAACUUCAGUCUAAAGCCAUUACAGCUUGUUUUUGGAAUUAUUUUUCUCUCCUCUCUACUGGAAAAAUCUGGGAGUUCUCCAUCUUAUCGACCAGGAUGCAGUACCAGUAGAGAGUGAGGCAGGAACGAGAUGAGAGUAAAUGUAAAGGAAGGAUCUGGGAACCACUUCUAUUCCACGCCAGCCUCUGAGACAACAUCAAAGACAGUGAAUUCUAAAAUGUCUUCAGUGGACAAGAUGAAGAAGCUACUGAGUCCAGGCACUCGCAAAAAAGGGUUGGGGAACAGAACAUUUGGGGUGCCUCUAGAAGAGCUCAUGUCCCGAGCAGCCUCAGGAGCCAGUGUGCCCUACGUAGUCAGUAAAAUAUGCGAACAUAUACGUGACAAAGGAUUUGAAACAGAGGGAAUUUUCCGAAUUAACGGCAGCACAAGAAUAGUAGAGAAGUAUCGCACAAGUUUUGACAUGCGUGGAGACGCAGACUUGAAUGAAGAAGAAGACCUAAUGGCAGUAGCUAGCCUGCUGAAGCUGUUUUUAAGGGAAAUACCAGAGUCAUUGAUUCCAGAGAAUAAAACUCAGAGGUUCAUAGCAGUCCAGGAAGAUUAUCAGAACAACCCUGCUGGAUGUAUUUCUGGCCUGAGGUUGGAGCUGCAGGGUCUGGGGGAGGUUCACUAUAACCUCCUAAGGUAUCUGAUCCGAUUCCUUGUGGUGGUGGCCCAGUAUGAACGCACUAACAAAAUGAGCCCCAUGUCACUGGCCAUCGUGUUUGGACCAAACUUAUUUAGAUGUGGCCAGGGAGUCAUAGGAUUGAAGGACCAGGGGAAAAUCAAUCAAAUUGUGUACAAGUUUAUCACCAAUUACGAUGCUCUGUUCAAGGAGGAGAAUGAAAUCUCACCAUGUGAUGAAUGGGUCAAACAAAAGCAAAAGGCCCCACCCAGACCACCCCCUCCUAAACUCCUUGUAGAGGAGCACAGACCUGUUCCAAAACCUAGAAGUAUGGUGAGAACAGACCCGUAUGACAGCUCCUCGUACCAGGACACAGAGGACUACAGUGAGGGAUCAUCCAGUAACACCCAGGGACGGAGUCACAGCCCCCGCGGUAGUGACGAUGAAAUCGCUGGCAGGGCCUCACCUUUUGUACUCGACAGUGAUGGAGGCUUCAGCAUGAUAGAAUCCCCAUUGCCGUCAGCAAGAACGUCAGAGAUGGUAGAGAAUGUGAUAGCCCGCUCUAUAAAGGAGCACCUGUUCGGGGAUGAUGUCAGUAUGUGUGAGACUUUUAUCGAAGAGGAAGAAGACAGUAAAGAGAAUUUGGAGAAUGCGAUUCCAGUGAAAGAUCGUAUUAAACAAUUUGAAUCAAAUCCACACACCUCUGAAAUACUUAGAUCCUCCAAGACUGUGAAGCAGACACAACCAAAGGCUGAACUCAUGGACACGUCACCAACACAGCAACAGCAGAGGAUGAAUGGAUUCACUCAUAAAUCAGUCUCACAUAGUUCAAAAGAAAAUGAUGUUCACCAAGAUGAAGAUUUUGAGAGUGUGAAGAGAGACUCUGGAACCCUAUCAUCACUUCAGUUCAAGAGACCUGCAGGUCCUAGAAAUCGUCGAUCUCCAAGCAGACGGUCACGCAGUAACUCGUUAGAAGACAAGGAGGAGAUUGAACUGGACACUCAGUCUAGAAACGACAAUGCUUCACAUGAGUUGGAGACCUCAACACUCACAGACACAAAACCCAGCAGAGAGAGGGAGCCAAUCCCAAAACCACGCGUAGCUUUCCUGGAACUCACAAACCACACGGAGAACAAGAGUUCUCCUGAUGCCUCACCCAGCAAUGCCAGGAAACCGUUCAUUCCCCCGCUAGACCUGUCUACACUCCAUGAACACAUUGAUAGUUCAGAUCCUAUCCCUGCUGAUAAAGGACAGUCUGUCUCCUACCAGUUAGCCAAGUCCCAGAUCAACGGAGGGGACACCCCUGAUGUGGUCAUCUCUCCACGCAGCAACAAACUCAUCAAAAGGAAAUCCAAUCAGGAGGAUCUGGAAGCCCCUCUAUCCCCCAGUGCCUAUCAGCACAGCCCCCCAUCCAGUGUGCCAAUGAAUACUGAUGUUGCACCAUCACCUGUUAACCAAGAUCAUUAUAAACACAGCUCAGCAAACUUAGAAAAUGACAUCACAACCAAAAUAAAACAACAAAGCAAGAAAUUACAUGCUUUAAAGAAAAAGGUGAAGCAUUUUGAAGAAAACUUUGAAAAAGAAAAUGGAUACAAGCCAUCUCUUGCUGACAAAGCCAGCAAGCCAACUGUGAAAAAGUGGAUGAAUGACAUUUCCAAAGCAAAACGAGAAAUUAAGAGAUUGAAAGAGGAGGCAGAGAUUGGGAACCGAAGUCGCCAUGGCAGUGGAGCCUCUUCCAGUGGAGAGCGACUAGAACCUCCGGAUAUUCCACCAUCCAUGGAGCAAACAUUGAACAUCAUCUUACUGAAGCUGGGAGACAAGAGACGAGAUGCCAAACGGCCUGAAGAUGUGGAUAUGAUGAAUAGUGACCAGAUUUUAGACGAAAAGUUAGCAGUUCAGAAAGCUCUGCUUCACUUCGAAAAUCUUCAUGGAAGACCAAAAACAAGAGAAGAAAAAGAUUUGAUGAGACCUUUGUAUGACAGAUAUAGAAAAAUCAAGCGACUUUUGUCAAAACCAAACUCCCCAAGAGAAAAGAAGGAGCUUCAAACAGUGCCUGAAGAUAGACCAAUAGAAUUUGAAGGAGGUUUCCCUAACCCCUAUAGGCCAUCAGUGCGAAUCCCCACCGCCCACUAUGAUGAUUUUGAUGAGGUUCCCAUGAGUACUGGACUUGGAACACUGGGGACCAUGGACUUUGCCGUCACUAGGGACUUCUCUGUCCUUCGUGACACAGUGAGACCCGAGUCUAAGGAGGUGACUAGGAAGGAGCAUUCUCCCAAAGUCAAGAGGAAACUGAGCCUGCCUGAAGAGGAGGAGGAGGAGGAGGAGAGCCCCCAGAACCAGGAACCAAACCUCCAUGAAAUGUCCAUAUCUGAGCUUCAAGAUGAGUUAUUAAAGUCAAAAGGAGAAAAGAAAAGAAUACGCAGGACUUUGAGAAACUUCGAAGAAGAUUUUUUUCAGAAAAAUGGAAGGAAGGUACAGAGGGAUGACAGAGAACCAUUACAAACAGAAUACACAUGUUACAAGCAAGUGAAAGCGAAGUUAAAGCUUUUAGAGGCAUUACUUUCAAAAUUACAAACCACGGAUGAAGUUUGACCCCUGUGCUUCUUGAGACCCCUGUGUUCAAAGACCGAGUUGUAAAUGGGAGUGAGGCAGUCUGGAGGAUCAUCGGGGAGAGCUGUAUCUAGUCAGACACUACUGUGACAAGGAAAGGAGGAUGUGUCCAGGUGCCAAGGAGAUCAGCCUGUGUUGUGAAGAAUUGUAUGAAAUGGACACAAAGAGUGUGAGAGCUUCGUCAGACAUGUUGUUGCCUUGACAUCAUUGUAUCUUAUUACCUGUUCAGUCCCUGAUUUGACUUGUUUAUAUUGAAGUGCAUUUAUAUGCUCAUCAUUUGUAUAUUGUUGAAUACUUUAGCCACUAGCUUUACAUGCAGUACCGUCCUUUUGUGAAAGUCACUAUCUUACAUGUUAGUUUUCUUACUUGUAUACUAGUGAUUCUAUUAUUGUAGGGUAACAACUGAUUAACCAAUUGAAUUUUUUGUUUCAUUGUUGAGUACUCUAGUCCUUUGUUCCAGAUAUUCUGUACUUAGUUGUCAUGUGUCUCUGUAACAUGUGACAUGUUAAAAAAAAAUGUCAAAACUGUUACUUGACAGUUUUAUGUAAUAAAUCCGCACAAUCAUACAUUUCAAAAUGUUCAGGAACAAAGAAUUGCUCUUUUGAUAAAUAUUUUUAUAAACAGUAAAAUUUCCCCCAAGUUUUUACAUGAAAAAAAAGGGAUAUGGUGUGAGGUUGAUAUGCUCUACUGUGAAGUUGAUAUGUACAUGUAUUUAUAGAUGAUUUAAAAGAAAAAGAUUCAUCUCAUCUUUUAAUUUAUUUUCUUUAAGAGGAGUUAGAAACAGUCAUUGAUAGAAUAGAAUUUGCAUGCUUUCAAUAACAUUACUUAGGAUUUCUAUUUUAAGUUACUCAAGUCAAUACGUGUAUUUCAAAAUAUAUGUUAGCAUCUGAUAUAAAACAAAUCAAUUUAUUUUAUUGAAUAGCACGGUAAAAGUGAUAUAAAUGGUUUAAAUAGCAUCAUUGGGAGAAGGAGAGACAGUAUAGUAUCAUACAUCAAUACUUCAUGUUAGAAAUUAACAUUCCAUUCUUUGAGUGUGUCUCCAUGACUUUAACUUAGUGAAGGUCAUUUGAAGAUUUUGUACAGGAACGUGCCCCAAGUUAUGGAGCCGUUCUUUUAAGUGAUAAAACAAAUGGCAUUGUGAAUUUGUACUUGUGUUUCAGUUUAUAUCAACUAUUAUUGUGUGACUGGAUGAGAGAUUUUAGGUGUAUGAUUGUGUUACAGACUUAAGGUUUUGGUUCCCUGUGAGCUUAUGUGCCAAGCUGCUUUUUAUGUGUGUUUUCAUAUUCUGAAUUACAUUAUUUGUUAUGAAAAGGCAAUACAAUUAUAUAAGCAUUUUAAAUGCUUCCAAGCCCCCCCCCCCCCCAUUAAUAUUUAUUUUUUGAUUUAAGUGCUAUGUAAGAUCUGAUUGUAGACGUUGCAACGUUGUAAUUCAAGAAAGAAAAAAAUUUUACAGUGCCACAAGUAUGAAGUAAAUACUUUUCAUAUGUGAACAUAGAGAUAUUUUAUAGAUAUUUUUAGAAGCUUAUUAGAUAGAACAAAUUGCUAUUUGUCAUCCACUUAUAUAUGAGCUCACAAUUGAUGUGAAACAUUCCGGGAUAGUUGGUUUUCAGUAUCUUUAUUUGUCAGUGCUGUUGUUUCUGAGACUGAAAAGACAGUUCUGUGUCUUUGAUCUAAUUGUUGUGAAUAUUGUACAGAUCAAUAACAUUUUCCUUUUGUUAAAGUUGUUACAUAUAUUAUUACUACAAAAUUAAAACUAUUUUAAGCUU